UUAUAGUGUAGCUAUUGUAAAAUCAAAGAAGAAAAAAGUAUAUUUGGGUUGUGAUCGAAGUAGAACAUAUAGAAAUCAUAUGAAUUUAAUAGAUAAAAUACAUCAGAAAAAUACAGGUUCUAGAUUGAUUAAUUGUCUUUUCUCAGUCUGUGGUGUUAAGGGAAAUAAUGAUGUAUGGACUCUAUCUGUUACUGAUUCAACUCAUAACUAUAAUCCUUCUAAAAACGUAUCAGCUCAUCUAUCUCUUCGAAGACCAAAUGAACAAGAAAGAGAGUAG